AGGCCGCCAGUCUUGAGGGGCGGACACACUCACCUCCGGCGGUGUUAUCACUUUCGCUUCUGUGCAGCAACACCGACUGCUUGCAACGAACGGCUUCUUGAACUUGUUACCUUGUUGCCGGCGCGACGCUCCGUCCCAUAUUGCGCCCUUUGCGUUUGGUCCAGGAGCUCUUCAAGUGUCCCGUACCGCACGCCAGGAAUGCGGUACCUUCUGUGCCAGUUGGCCUUCGUGGCUCAACUGAUGAAUUUGGGACUUGCUCAGCUUCCUCUGGGGGCCAUUGGGAAGCCCUUGACGAGCGCACUGAACCCGUUAGGUUCCAGCCUCAACCCGCUUGGAUCUAACAGCAACCCACUGGGCAGCAACUUGAAUCUCUUGAACGUCGGAACCAAGGCCUGGGAUCAGACGUUUGGAUCACUGACUAAUUUGUCUUCAGAUCAGAUUGGACAGCAAUUCCUCGCAAACUCCAUCCCUGGCGUUCGCCACCGUAUUGUGACCGACGUGCCAUCUGGCGGCCACAAGCUCGCUGAAAUCUUCCAGGACCAGAAUGACCAAGUCAUCGACUGCAAUCUCCUCGGUAACAAAGAAUUGAUUGAGGGCGCCUUGCAGCUGAUUCCCGAAAGUCUUGUGACGAAGGUCACGGAAGAUGAGAUGGAAUACUUCGUUGACCUUUGCUACAACAGAACAAAGUCGAAAACGAAGCCGCAGUCCAUCUUUAGUCUGAUCAGUGACGUGUUUAAGAGCCUUUUUAUUUUCCCAGGUACCAAAUGGUGUGGUGCGGGCAACGUCGCCAAGAACUACGACGAUCUGGGAGCCGCCACAAACACAGACAGGUGUUGUCGUGACCACGACCACGCUCGCGACAGUAUCCCAGCUUUCGGUUCGAAAUACGGAGUCUCCAACCUCAACCUCUACACAAUGACACACUGUGGAGACGAUCGACGCUUCUAUCACUGUCUACUUGACGAUGCCAGUGUUCCGUCCAUCACGGUAGGAAAGAUUUUCUUCAACAUCCUCAAGACGAGAUGCUUUGACUACACCUUUCCCAAGAGAUGCACGAGGAACAACAAGUUCUACAUCCCACUGCUAACUGAGAAGUGCAGCGCUUAUCGCUUGGACACGUCGCUAGAGAAAGAGUGGCAGACAUUUUCGCCUCCAAACUUCUUGAGGGAAUAUUGGGCAAGGAAGAGGCAAGCUUCCCCUGCCCCAACCAUACCUCCUCCUGCUGUACCGCAGGUGCCUCAGGGAAAUGAGGGCACUGUAGACACCACACCCCAGCCUAGGCCUGACGUUACAUCAGAGGAGCCUGAGGAGGAACCAGAGGAAGAACCCGAAGAACCUCCUUUCGAAGAAGAAGAGCCGGAUAACUGGAACAUUCUAACUGAUGCCGACCUGAGUCCGGAUGCAACGGAGGAGCCUGUUUGGGAUGAGCCGCCGGCGGGAAGCAGUGGACAUCAGAGAAGCAAAGCUACCACGACCACGACAAAACCUACUAGUGUUCAUCACCGCAAGCCGUCGGGAGUGUUAGGGGGCGUUCUAGGGUGAAACAUGCAUCGCCUAAUUUUUAAUGGCCAUAUAUCGUGUUUUUAUAAGCGUCAUAAGAGCACAAUAGUAUGAUAUUUCAUGUGCACUGCACGAGCAACAGGCACGUACGUUCCUUUUACCCCAUUGUCUUUCAUUGUUCAAACGUGGCCGCAGUGUACAUACAAUUAGCAACCGAUGUUUUGCUCACGAAAAAUAAAGCUACGACGCGUGUUUCA